AUGGGAGAACAUCUGCCUGCCGACGAGGUCGUCCGCCGCCUCCAGGAGGCCCGCCCUCCCGCUACUGACGCCUUUACCUACCUCGCCCUUCUCGACCAGCACAUGUCUCCCGAGCUGUUACCCGCCCUUCUUGAAAUCCUGCAGGACGCUGAGCUUACGACGCUUAUUGGAUGGGACCUAGUUGACAUGCUGAUCAACGUUCCCGGCAGUGAGGAAUGUCUCGAGACUGUGGCCCGGCUGGGAAACCCGCGAGAGGUGAUUCUUAAAGCCUUAGAGGUGCUGGAGAAGACGGCCAUCGAAGAGGUCGAGGAUGAGGAGGGCGGAGAGCUCAGCUCGGAUAGGAAAGACGCCGAGGGUUCCGAAGAAAGGGAAGCUAUUAGUCCGGACGCCCCGAGCGCGUCGUCCAAGUUCAUCACCCUCCUCGGCAUGCUUGGGAUUCUUCACAAACGCCUUAAAGUCCGCCGGCCAUCUCGCUUCCUCCACACGACUCUCCAGGCCGUACUUCAAUGUUAUACCCCAAACCGCGAGGAAACUGCCGCCAUCAUUAGCUUCGUUCGCGCCGUUUCCAUUUUUGCGCGUCCGCCUUUGCCUUCACGCAAAUCUAGCACUACCCUUGAGACUCCAUUUCAGACUAACGAUCCCUCUAAGAAUGCUCCCGACCCCGAAGCGGAAGCGCAAGAUCCGGUGGAGGAGGACCUCAUGUCCAGGCUUCUACAGAGCUUUAUAACGUGCAUCUUUGAAGCCUUUGUAAACUCUAACGAGAUUGGAUGGGCGUCUAGGCUCGUUGAGUUUUAUAACCCGCAUAAGAUUGUUCCUGGCCGGAAAACAGUCAUGCAGGCCUUCAGGGACGACCCGGAUCUCCUCGCUCGAGAUGCGCUUCUAGGACAAUUAGCGGGCCUUGCCGGAGAUCUCGGGCUCGCAAACCUCAAACCCAAUAGGAUUGCCGAGCUUUGCGCCGCGCCGAUCCAACCCGAUCCGCUGGCCACUGAGCCCGAUUCCGAGAAUCCGCACCAAAUAAAACUGUCCACGACAGGUUUUUGGUGCCUGACGGCCUACUGGGUCUUCGCCUCCGAGGUCUUUGACAGCGAUUUCGUCAAGCCUGAAAUGCACGUCUUCCCUGAUCUGUAUGACAUGGUACAUCGCUACCUCGGUGAAGAUGCCCAGGCCAAGAUUAUCGAGAAUCCCGGAGUCAUCGAAUCCCUGCUUGUUCUAGGAUCCUGGCUGCACGAAAAUAAUCGCAUUGUCGCGGACGACCAGACCGAGAAGCCCGCGUUUAUGACCUUCCACCACUACCUUACCUUGUGUGCCGUAUUCCACCGCUCUCUACAAAUUCGAAAUGCCGCUACUACGCUAGCAGGCCAAAUACUCCAUGCGGACCCCGACGACGAGGACCGCCUCAAGAUCCUCGACGACCUGCUCGAGAACUGCAUGUUCUCGUCCCUCCAGGCGUGUGCGGUAACCUGGCUCCGCGAGGAACUCAUCCGCGCCGCUAAGGGAAAGGCCGACAACGUCUUUUCAACACCAGAAUGCAUCGAGUCCUUCCAGUACACGCUAUUCCCGAGCCUCGGACACCUCAACGAUGCGGAAGCCAAUGAGCUCAUCGAGUUCUGGGCCGAGAAUCACCCUUUCCACCUGCAGGUAGCCAAUUUUGCCUACUUCUUAUUCGCCGGUAAGGAUUUCCGGCAUUUGGUGCCCGAGGGCAUGGCGGCUGCCGUUGGAGAGCGUUACGUUCAGCCGAUGAUUGGUGUUGCGAAGACGUUGAGGGAGAAGACUGGCGGCGAGGAGAACGCUCCGCCGCAUUAUCACAUGGAUAUCCAGGUGUUGAUUGAUAGGCUUGAGAGCCUUCCUUUGGAUGCGUGA